GUUCUACUUAAUUGGCGGAGGGAUACCCAUCAUUGUCUGUGGAAUCACUGCAGCAGCAAACAUAAAAAACUACGGCAGCCGGACCAAUGCACCAUAUUGCUGGAUGGCGUGGGAGCCCAGUAUCGGCGCUUUUUAUGGCCCGGUGGGAUUCAUCAUCUUCGUGGACUGCAUGUACUUCCUCAGCAUCCUGCUCCAGUUGCGCCGCCACCCUGAACGGCGUUAUGAGCUCAAGGAGCCGACAGAAGAGCAGCAGCAUCUGACUCCAGCCAACACAGAGGCCGGGCCAGAUGGUCCCAGCAGCCACUGCCACCCCCUCGCUCUCCAGCUGCAGCCUCACGAGGUGGCGUCUUCCAUAGUGUCCACUCCCCACACUGUGCCUCUGUCGGCGCUUGAAAAUGAGCACACCUUCGCUGCUCAGCUGAUGGGCGCAGCGGGGGCGUUAGGGCUGUACGCAGCCCUCUGGGUGUUCGGGGCCAUGGCUGUAUCACAGGACCACCCCUUUGAUUUAGCCUUCACCUGCCUGUUUGGGGUGGCCGCACUGGCACUGGGGGCGUUCAUGGUGGCGCAUCACUGUGUCAACAGGCAGGAUAUGAGGCGCUAUUGGUCCCAGGCUUGUUGCUCCGGGAGACGAGCCUACUCCGCACAGGAGGACGUCCUUCUGCCACAGCCUGGUGUGGCAAUGACAUCCACAGCAGGUUCUGCGAGCAAGGCAGACGGGGAGUCAACAAAGUGCGGCCACAGCAGUGCAGACUCUUCUUACACAAAUAAGAGCGCCCCAAGCAUGCGCAACUCCGCCCACGGCAGCAAGCUGACCAAUCUGCACGCAGAGGCGGCGCAGUGUAAAUCUGCCUCCGCGCCGGUGACUGCCAACGGUGCAGCUGUUUUGGACAACAGCCUGACUGAACAUUCACUAGACAAUGAAAUUAAAAUGCACGUAGCGCCAGUUGAGGUGCAGUUCCGCCCCAUGAACAACAUCAACAAUCCAGCUGCUGUCACCAAUGGACACACAGGCCGGCAUCACAAAAACAGAGCGCGAGCGCACAGGGCGAGUCGGCUAACUGUGCUGCGAGAGUACGCCUAUGACGUCCCCACUAGCGUCGAAGGCAGCGUGCAGAGUGCCCCCCACAGGCGGCACCACCAUUACGACUUAGCAGCACGCAACAGUCGACGGGCGGCGUACAUGGCCUACAGAGAGCGCCAUCAGAGCCAGCUGCAGCAGGACAGCAGUGACAGCGCGAGCCUGCCACGCCGCCCCCGCUACACAGAUAAAGGAGGCGGCAGCACCCUGGGAAAUGGGUCAGUGGUAACGGAAGAAAGUGUGGCGACUGCUGCAGCGUCAAGCUCCAGUAAAGACUCUGGUCCUGCACAGCAGCCCAGCAGCACAGAACUAGAAAGCCAGCCCAAGUCGUACGGGCUCAACCUCGUCACUCCAAACGGUGGCACACUUAAAGAAAACGGACAGGCUGUGCCUUUAAUGAACACAGAGAGUACAGCCAGUAUAAAGACUGGCUUGUGGAAGCACGAAACUACUGUGUAGCGACGGUUUCCGUCCCAAAGACUGCAUUUUGAUAUGUUUCCGCCUUUAAACUGUGAAAUGUCUUUUUUGUACAUGUAUUUUAUGUACAAGCAAAUCAUUACUGCCACUGAACUAUCUUUGUAGAUAUGUUUUUGUAAAUGUUCUAUUUUUAUAACUUUUAAUCCAAACCCUUUUUAUUCCAUUUUAAGAGUUCUGUAGAUAAAUCUGCAUGGACUGAGCUGUGGCCCUGUGCAUACCCUUACCCUGGGGAUUUUUUUCCAUUUUCUAGUUUGU